GAACAGCACCCAGAAGAAGAGCUGAUUAAAUCUAAACAGGAUGAAGUCAACACAAGUUGGCAGAGGCUGAAAGGACUGGCUCUCCAGAGGCAGGGCAAGCUCUUUGGAGCUGCUGAGGUGCAGCGUUUCAACAGGGAUGUGGACGAAACGAUAAGCUGGAUUAAGGAGAAAGAGCAGCUAAUGGCUUCAGAUGACUUCGGAAGAGACCUUGCAAGCGUGCAGGCUUUGCUACGCAAACACGAGGGCUUGGAGAGGGAUCUGGCUGCUUUGGAAGACAAGGUGAAGGCUCUGUGUGCAGAGACUGACCGGCUGCAAGAGUCCCACCCUCCCAACGCCUCUCAGAUCCACGUGAAGCGAGAGGAACUGGUUGCAAACUGGGAGCAGAUCCGCACGCGGGCAGCUGAGAGACACGCACGUCUGAACGACUCCUACAGACUGCAGCGAUUCCUGGCUGAUUUCCGGGAUUUGACCAGCUGGGUGACCGAAAUGAAAGCUCUGAUUAAUGCCGACGAGCUUGCCAACGAUGUAGCAGGAGCAGAGGCCCUGCUGGAUAGACACCAGGAGCAUAAGGGAGAAAUCGAUGCUCAUGAAGACAGCUUUAAAUCUGCGGAUGACUCCGGCCAGGCCUUGCUUGCUGCUGGACAUUAUGCCUCUGAUGAAGUUAAGGAGAAGCUGACCGUCCUCUCCGAGGAAAGAACAGCUCUGCUGGAACUGUGGGAGCUUCGUCGGCAGCAGUACGAGCAGUGCAUGGACCUGCAGCUUUUCUACCGGGACACCGAGCAGGUGGACAAUUGGAUGAGCAAACAAGAGGCCUUCUUGCUGAAUGAAGAUCUCGGGGAUUCUCUGGACACCGUGGAGGCCCUGCUGAAGAAGCACGAGGAUUUUGAGAAGUCGCUUAGCGCCCAAGAAGAGAAAAUCACUGCUCUGGAUGAGUUUGCCACAAAACUGAUUCAGAACAACCAUUAUGCCAAGGAAGACGUGGCUACCCGUAGAGACGCCUUGCUGAGCCGUCGCAACACAUUGCACGAACGGGCCCUGCUGCGUCGAACGCAGCUGGCCGACUCCUUCCACCUGCAGCAGUUCUUCAGAGACUCGGAUGAGCUGAAAAGCUGGGUCAAUGAAAAGAUGAAAACCGCAACGGACGAGGCUUACAAGGACCCGUCCAACUUACAAGGGAAGGUCCAGAAGCACCAGGCGUUUGAAGCCGAGCUGUCGGCCAAUCAGAGUCGCAUCGAUGCCCUUGAGAAAGCCGGGCAAAACCUGAUCGACGUCAAACACUAUGCCUCGGACGAAGUGGCUAUUCGCAUGAACGAAGUCAUCAGCUUGUGGAAGAAGCUGUUGGAAGCUACCGAGCUGAAAGGGAUCAAGCUGUGUGAAGCCAACCAGCAGCAGCAAUUCAACCGCAACGUGGAAGACAUUGAACUGUGGCUGUACGAAGUGGAAGGUCACCUGGCUUCUGAUGAUUACGGCAAGGACCUAACCAACGUUCAGAAUCUGCAGAAGAAACACGCCCUGCUGGAGGCAGACGUAGCUGCCCACCAGGACCGCAUCGACGGCAUCACCAUCCAGGCUCGCCAAUUUCAAGAGGCCGGGCACUUUGACGCCGACAACAUCAAGAAGAAGCAGGAGGCCUUGGUGGCCCGCUACGAAGCCCUGAAGGAACCGAUGGUGUCCCGCAAGCAGAAACUGGCCGACUCCCUCCGCCUCCAGCAGCUCUUCCGCGAUGUGGAAGAUGAAGAAACCUGGAUCCGGGAGAAGGAGCCCAUCGCGGCCUCCACCAACCGAGGCAAAGACCUCAUUGGGGUCCAGAACCUGCUGAAGAAACACCAAGCUUUGCAAGCGGAGAUUGCUGGCCACGAACCCCGCAUUAAAGCGGUCACCCAGAAAGGAAACUCCAUGAUAGAAGAAGGACACUUUGCCGCAGAAGAUGUGAAAGCCAAACUGAACGACCUCAACCAGAAGUGGGAAUCCUUGAAAGGGAAGGCCUCCCAGCGCCGGCAGGAUUUGGAAGACUCCCUGCAGGCCCAGCAGUACUUUGCCGACGCCAACGAGGCUGAAUCUUGGAUGAGGGAGAAGGAGCCCAUUGUGGGGAGCACGGACUACGGAAAGGACGAGGAC